CCACAGUUCCCUCGUUUGCUUCGCUUUUCUCCAUUCUCGUGUCAGACGCCUCUCAUUUCUCAUAUCCCCACAUCCUCUCCUCCUUUACCUUCCCAUCUAAGCAACACUUCACCUCUCUAUCUCUCUCAUGUAUUCACCUCCUGACUUUGACCAAAAGGCCCCAGUCCAGUUCUAAAUUGGACCAAUUGCACAAAUGCAUUCCACCGCCCCCACCACCACCGCAAACACACUACCGUCGCCACCGCCAUCUUCCGGUCAGCCGCAGACACUGCUGGACCUGAUUACCGGCGUCCUUUCUGCCCUCCUUCUAUCCUCUCUCUCCGUCGGAUCCUUCGUGGGAAGGUGGCAAGUGAUUCGAUCGAAGCUUUCCUCUCUCCAGUCCUCCCUCUCUUCAUUGUCAGAGUCUCCUCACUGGUCUCAGAAUCCUCUCCUUCACACACUCCUACCUUCCAUCCUCUCAACUCUCCAGCGUCUUCACUCGCUCGCUGAACAAUGUACCCUCUCCUCUUUCGCUGGCGGCAAGCUUCUCAUGCAGAGCGACCUCGACAGCGCCUCCUCCUCCCUCUCUAAUCACCUCCACGAUCUCGAUUUGCUGCUCAGAUCUGGCGUACUCCAUCAAUCGACUGCCAUUGUUCUCUCUCAGCCUGGUCCUGAUUCAGCCAAAGAGGACUUAGGGUUUUUUAUCAGGGAUCUCUUCACCAGAUUGCAAAUUGGAGGUGUUGAGUACAAGAAGAAGGCUCUAGAAUCACUCCUUCAGUUAUUGAAGGGCGAUGAGAAAUCUGCCGGUGUGGUUGCUAAAGAAGGAAACGUUGGGUAUUUGGUUAGUUUACUUGAUGUAAACAGCCAUCCAUUGAUUCGUGAACUAGCGGUUUUGGCAGUUUCUUUGCUUGCCUCAUCAAGUGAUGAGUCCAGGAAGAUUGUGUUUGAGGAGGGAGGCUUGGGUCCUCUGUUGAGAAUCCUUGAGACAGGGUCCAUGGUCUUGAAAGAAAAUUCCGCAAUUGCGGUGGAGGCCCUCACAGCAGAUCCAGAAAACGCCUGGGCUAUUUCGGCGUACAGUGGUGUCUCCGUGUUGACCGAAGCUUGCCGAUCUGGAUCUCAAGCAACGCAGACACAUGCAGUAGGCGCCUUAAGGAAUGUUGCACCAGUGGAGGAUAUCAAGAUGGCCUUAGCAGAGGAAGGAGCGGUUCCUGUUUUGCUGCAUAUACUCGAUACUGGCACCAAUGCUGCCCAAGAAAGGGCCGGAAAUUGUAUAGCAGUUCUCGCCUCUUCUGGUGAGUACUUCCGAUCGCAAAUAAUACAAGAAAGGGGAUUACAGAGGUUAAUGCAUUUGAUUCAGGAAUUAUCAAGUUCAGACACUAUAGAGCACAUUCUGCGUGCGAUUAGCUUUCUUUCAGUGUCAGAUUCCGUGGCUAGAGUUCUCUCGUCUUCCACUAUCUUCAUAAUCCAACUCAGUGAAUUCAUUAAGCACGGCCACAUAUUUUUGCAGCAAAUAGCGGCCUCACUGUUGGCUAAUCUAUCAAUAAGCGAUGGCAACAAGCGGUCUAUUCCUAGUUGUAUGGGUUCAUUGGUUAAAUUAAUGGAGUCGCCGAAGCCGGCAGGGUUGCAAGAGGCUGCCACAAACGCUCUCGUUUCGUUAUUGACGGUGAGAUCGAACCGAAAAGAGUUGGUGAGGGAUGAGAAAAGCGUUACGCGAUUGGUCCAGAUGUUGGAUCCGACGAACGAGUUGAUAAUCAAGAAGUUUCCAGUAAUGGUGGCUGCAGCAAUAUUGAGCGGAGGGAGCCAGGGGUGUCGGAAGAGGCUGAUGGCUGCCGGAGCUUAUCGGCAUUUGCAAAAAUUAGCUGAGAUGGAGAUCGCCGGAGCUAAGAAGGCCUUGCAGAGACUUUCACCGAACAAGCUCCGGAGCAUUUUCAGCCGGACAUGGAGGGAAUAAUCAAAAAAGAAUCGAACCCCCCCCCCGCCAAAGAAGGGGUUUGUUUGGAUUUUCUAACCGUCGAAGAAUGAGAAACCAACCUUUUUAUGCGGGACAGCCAACAAACAACACACUUCGUAUACAUUAUCCUUUUUCUUUUUAUAACUUUAUUUAUAUAAAAAAUAUUUUACUCAUCUUAAUUAUAUUAUAUACAAAAGCAUGGAUGCGGUUUUUAGGGAGUAUCCUCGUUUUGCUUUUUUUUUUUUUUAAUAUCAUAUUUUAAUCUCAUCAAUUGAUUCACUCAUGAUGUUGUAAGUGAGAGGUUGUGAUGAUUGUCACUUAUCUUUUUCUUUUUCUCCUUCUGAUAAUGUACAUCCAGGAGUCUUGUUUUAUCUGUAAUGACUACCCUGGAUUUUGUUGUAUGAAUGACUGUGACCUGUGUGCAUUUUGAUUUCGACGAAUGUGUAAAUGUUGUCUGUGAAGUCCGAUGAUAUUGAUUCUAGUACAUUUGGGAGCUGGAUUUUGCAUU